AUUUUCUCCAAUCUUCAACCCGCAACACUUGCACCAGAACAGUCGCAAACAUGGCUAAGAUUAAGAAGAAGGGAACCUCUGGCCAGGCCAAAAACUACAUUACCAGAACCCAGGCCGUGCGCAAACUUCAGAUUUCCCUCCCGGAUUUCCGUCGACUAUGUAUCUUCAAGGGAAUUUACCCCCGUGAGCCCCGGAACAAGAAGAAGGCUUCCAAGACCUCCACUCCCAACACCACUUUCUACUACACGAAAGAUAUUCAGUUCCUCCUCCAUGAGCCCCUCCUGAGGAAGUUCCGUGACCAAAAGGCACUUGCGAAGAAGAUUGCUCGCUCCCUUGGACGUGGUGAAGUCUCUGAUGCGUCCCGUUUGGAGAAGAACCAUGCGCCGAAGCUCACCUUGGACCAUAUCAUCAAGGAGCGCUACCCGACAUUCAUUGACGCUCUGAGAGAUCUCGACGAUGCCUUGUCUCUGCUGUUCCUCUUUGCCAACCUCCCCUCUUCUCCCCAUGUCCCAGCCAAGACCAUCGCUCUCUGCCAGCGGGUUACCCACGAGUUCCAGCACUACCUGAUCACCACGAACUCUCUGCGCAAAUCUUUCCUGUCGAUCAAGGGUAUCUACUACCAGGCGACUAUCCAGGGACAGGACAUCAUGUGGCUUGUGCCCUACCGCUUUGUGCAGCGUGUCAAUGGCGACGUCGACUACCGUAUCAUGGCCACUUUCGUCGACUUCUACACGACUCUGCUCGGAUUCGUCAACUACCGUCUUUACUCGACUCUUGGUCUUCGCUAUCCCCCCAAGUUCGACAAGAGGAGCGAUGAGAAUGGUGCUGAGUUGGCGGCCUUCACUCUGGAGGGUCGCACCGUCGGCGAAGCCCCCAAGGCUCUCGAAGCCAACAAGCAGGCGAGCAAGCCUUCCAACCAGGAAGUCUCCAAGGAGGUUCAGGCCAAGGUCGACAAGGUCAUCAAGACCGCAGGCUUGGAUCAGACUAGAGACGAGCAGGUUACCGAGACAGCCGAAGAAGCUUCCGAGGCUAUCGACAAGUUCGAGCCUACUGCCCCCGAGGCCGACACUCUUCCCCAGCCCGACUUGAGCGGAGAUGAGGCUGGUUCUCUGUUCGCACCUUUCGUUUUCUACGUUUCCCGUGAGGCCCCCAAGGCGCCCCUGGAGUUCAUCCUUCGCUCCUUCGGCUGCACCAGGAUUGGAUGGGACGCUGUCCUCGGUGACGGAGCUUUCACCCACGAUGAGACGGAUACUCGCAUCACCCACCAGAUUGUCGAUCGCCCUUCUUUGCCUGAGUCUUCCCUGCCCGCUAUCCCUGCUGCUUCGACAGACGGUGCUGCUCAGAAGGUCAGACCGGGAACCCGCAUUCCCGGCAGAACCUAUGUCCAGCCCCAAUGGGUGUGGGACUGCAUCAACGAGGGCAAGCUCCUUCGUGCUGAUCUGUACGCCCCGGGUGCCACUCUUCCCCCUCACCUGAGCCCGUGGGUCAAGCCUUCCAAGGGUGGCUAUGACCCCCGCGCCAGCUUGGCCGAGCAGGAGGAGGAAGGUGAGGCAGAGCUGGACGAAGACAGCGACGAAGAGAUGGAGGAGGCCACUGAUGAGAAGAAGGCCGAGACCAAGGAAGAGGAGUCCGAGGCUAAAAGCGAGGAAGAGUCCGAUAUCAACGGUGGCAUGGAUGUCGCUGAGACUGAUGAGGACGAGAGCGAGAGCGAGGAAGAGGAUGAGGACUUCGGCGGCUUCGAGGACAACGAGGCCGCCUCCGAGUCUGAGGAUGAAGAGGAGGCCGCCCGGACACAGCACCAGAAGGAGCUGGAGGCUGAAGCUGCUGGCCUUCCUUUCUCGUCUGGUGGUGGUGCUGGCGAAGCAGCCAAGAAGAAGUCCGCUCAGGCCAAGAAGAUCGCCUCCAAGAAGCGCAAGGAGGAGGAAGAGCUGGAGAGACAGAAGAUGAUGAUGAGCCGGAAGAAGCGCAAGCUCCUCGAGAAGAUGAUGUACUCGAACAAGCAGAAGUCCGAAGAGGCUGCCAAGCUGCGGUCUAAGCGGAGAAAGCUCGAGAAGGAGGGCCAGAAAUGAAGUUAGGCACAUAAAAGUUGGCUUUUCUGUGACAAUAGAAUGAUAUCCUGCUGGGAUUUGGAAGCAUUCCUAUAUUGGCGUCUUGAUUCUUUGUAUUUAUCAUAGCAUUCAGUUAGAGUGUUGUCUAAUAAGUAUACACGUCUACCGUCUG